AUGGUGCUGCCGGGCACCGGCCUCAGCCCUGCAGUGUCUGGGAGGACGGCAACAGGAGAGGGCGGGAGCACGCACGCGGAUCUGGUGGAGCAGCCCCCAAGCACAGCCGCGUCGUUCCCCGCUGCCCUGAGCAGCCCCACGGGGUCGAGCACAUCCCUGAGGUCUCCCAGCACCGGGCCAGCUGCCGGAGGGCUGCUGGUGGUGCAGACCUGCUCCCCUCCAGGCGCCCUGCACGUUUCUGCGUGCCACAAAGCUCUGGAAGAGGCCCAGAAGCUGAGGUUUCUGGACUGCAUCUGUACCCUCUGCAGAGCUGCCAGCACAGAUUCCAUUGUGCGGACACAGUUUUAUCCCCUCAGACUUCAGGUGGUAGAGACAAUUGAGGUGCUGCUGCAAGAGGAGCCCACUGACCACCUGGGUACUGCAGUGCGGCUGCAAGCAAUGCUUGCCAUCACCGCAAUGAGCAAAGUCAAGCUGCUGCUGGAUGGCAAAAAGAACAGCCUCCUCCACAGCUGCUUCUGCAGCUUCUUCUCCCUUCCUGCAAGAGAGGACAUGCAGAACCUGGAUGCUUCCCUCUACUCCAAGACCCUGGAAGCCAUGGACAGCAUGCUGCAGGCGAUGGCAUUCAGCUCUCCCAGCUCUGCCCUCCUGGAGAUGCAGAACAUCUUGCAGGUCCUGCUGCCAUGCACCGAGUCCCAGCGAGCAGCUGAGCGUGAGAGGGCUGUGGGGCGGAUUGCUAGGCUGAGCAAUUUCCUGACCAGCUCUUCCUCACUGGUGGUCUGCCCCCACUUUGCGGAAGUCAAAGGCAGGCAAGCCUGCUCCAAAAAGCAGCAUUUUGCAAUGCUGGGGCGGCUGGUGGGACGUCUCACCCUGUGCUGCACCUGCAAGGACCAGGGGACCAGCUGUGAGGCUGCAGAAGCUCUUCAUAACCUGUACAUCUUCAUCCUGGAGCAAAGAAGCAGAUGGCUGCCAAAGCAUAGUGCAGAGUCUCUGCAGUGCCAAAAGGACUGGGAAGCGUGGAACACCUGGCUUUCACAGUCCAAAAACAUCGGUGAAAUCACCUCGUUGUUUGGGAAAUACCUCCAGCCCGCCGAGAAGACAGAUGUCAUUGUCGCUGCCAUUGAGGGCAUGAGAGCACCAAGCGUCUAUGAUGCACAGGUGGCUGCCCACAUGCUGGAUGUGCUUGUGGCAGACCCUGCCUCCCAGCUGGGGCAUGUGCCACACAUCGUGAGGUGCAUCUGGAGAAACCUGAUGUCCAUCAGGGAGGUGUUGGCCCAGAAGAGCCUGGACAGGACCCUUCUCACACUGACCUGCAAGUACACCAGAGAAGUGGUCCUGAGCCUGCUGCACUGCUCCCCAACAUGCGACAGCGCCGCCAUGGCCAUGUGGAAGUUAAUGGUCUCCAAGAGCCAGGCUACAGAGAAGGUACUGCAGGAGCUACUACGUGUGCUGGGGAACCCAUCACUGCGUGAGAACUCCACCUCCACCGAGUACAACCCACGCAUCCUUUCGCUGGCUGCAGCCACAGCACUACAUGAGAUCUUCCAGCAGCGCAUCUCCCCACGGGAAGUGAAGGCGAUUUUCCCCCAGCUCUUCCUAGCGCUACUCUCCCAAGUAUCCUUCUCCACGGAACUGACCCUGCAGGAGGUUAAGAUCUUCGGAAGUGAAAGCCAACAGGAUCAGUGCACAGUACAGGCCAUAAAAGCGCUGCUGUGCUGUGCUGGCUUUAAGAAACAGGUGCAUUUCAUCGAGAGGAAGGGUGGCUGGGAUGCCCUCCUUGACGAUGAGACCCACCUCAGGGGAGUGUCUUUGCUGGCCAGAGAGAUGGUAAAGACCCCACGACGCCUGCGUUCCUCCAUCUUCUGCCAUCUGGCAGCACUGCUCAGCAGCGAGAACUGUGCCUGGGAGGUCGUCGCUAUGGCUUUCUUCAUCGAGCUGCUGGUGUGCACUGACCUUAGCAAAGAGGUUGACUGUGUCCUGGACCUCUUCCCAAUGUAUCUGCGGAGUCAGCACCUGGGGAUGCGCAGCUUGGUGCUCAGAGGCCUCCUCACACUGUCCGAGAGACCUGAAAUGGCAAGAAAACUGGACAUCCUGCUGCCAGACAUCAUGGAGCAACUGCAGGCUGCUGACAGCGACCUCAGUGCAAAGGCGCUGCCUGUCCUCAGCAACGUGCUCAGUCUCGUGGGCAGGCAGAUGGCCAGGCCCAUCGUUCUGCAGCUGGCUGAGGAGCUCCAGCCACUCUUUGAUGAUGAGUCUAGCUUUGUGCGAGAGCGCUCCAUCCGUCUCUUCCAAGAUGUGAUGGAGAUUGAGGUGGGCACUGAAAAGCAGCAGAUGAAGAAGCAAGUGGAGAGGAGCCUGCUCCCACUCUUCUUCCAUUUGCAUGAUGGGAUGCCAAGCGUGACCCAGGCCUCUCGGGAAGCCUUCCUCAGUGCUGCAGGGCUCCUGAAGUGGGAGAAGCUCAGGCACUUCAUUGAAACUGCACAGACGUGGAGGAUUGGCGAGUGCCUGCUGAGGAGGAACAGAAGCAGAGCAGAGGACUACAUGCGCCAGAGCCUGCCGUAUUUGAAGAGCUCCCAGGAGUCCUUGCGAGAGGCAGCAGUGAGGUUCAUUGGGCUCGCUGGGCGGCACAUGAAGGACCUGAGCGAGGAGAACCUGCAGCACAUCUGCAAGGGCGCUGAGCCUGGUGGGGAGCAGAGAUGCGAGCCCAGCCCUCACAUCGUGCUGUCUGGCACAGAGGAGGAGAAGGCAGAGGAAGAGGCCUUUGCAGAGGAUCUCAUUGGCGACCGCCUAAAAGAAGAUGUGCUCGAGCAGAAGGGCCGAUUGCAGCGGCUGGGCGCCAAAGAUGUGCAGCCUCCAGAUCCAGCGAGCAUCCGAGUGUUGCGGGGGCACCAGCUCCCCAUCACCUGCCUCGUCAUCUCUCCAGAUGACAAGUUCAUCUUUUCAGCUGCCAAGGACGGUGUCAUCAUCAAAUGGGAGGUGGAGAGUGGGAAGAGGUUAUGCAUGGUGCCUGGAGGGAAGAAGGGUGCUGAGGAGCAGCAGAUGGGGCAUACGGCUCAUGUCCUCUGCAUGGCUAUCUCAUCGGACAGCAAGUACCUGGCAACCGGAGACAGGAACAAACUGAUAAUGAUCUGGGAGGCAGCCACCUGUAAGCACCUGUACAAGUUUACUGGUCAUCGUGAUGCUGUGUCGGGCCUGUCCUUCCAGAAGGGUACACAUCAGCUGUACAGUGCUUCCCAUGACCGCUCCGUCAAGGUCUGGAAUGUGGCGGAGAAUGCAUACAUAGAAACCCUAUUUGGGCACCAGGACAUCAUCACAGGGCUGGACAGCCUGAGCCGGGAGUGCUGUGUGACAUCAGGGGGACGGGAUGGCACAGUGCGGGUCUGGAAGAUCCCUGAGGAGUCACAGCUCGUGUUUUAUGGGCACCAGGGCUCUAUUGACUGUAUACAGCUCAUCAAUGAGGAGCACAUGGUGUCAGGUGCAGAUGAUGGGUCCAUCGCCCUGUGGGGACUGAUGAAGAAGAAGCCGCUGGCACUAGUGAGGCACGCUCAUGGCACACAUGGCUCCCAAGGCUUGCAACAGCCAUACUGGAUCUCAGCAGUGGCUGCCCUGCACAACAGUGACCUUGUUGCUACAGGCUCACACAGUGCCAGCGUGAGGCUGUGGAAAUGCGGCGAAGGAUUUCGGAAACUGGAGCCCCUCUUUGACAUCCCCCUGGUCGGCUUUGUCAACAGCCUGAAGUUCUCAGCAGCAGGUGAUUUCCUGGUGGCUGGCCUCGGGCAGGAGCACCGGCUAGGCCGGUGGUGGAGAAUCAAAGAAGCCAAAAACAGCAUCUGCAUCAUCCCCCUGAAGCAGAGAGCAGGCACCACCUAGCCACCUCCUAGCCCCUUUGCUCACUGUCCCCCAGCCCUGUCCUCAAGAACCACUGGAGCUGUUUCAUUAAAGCUUCUGCUGUUCAUAGA